GUUAUUCAGUCCAACAUUUUGAAACAUUCCCAUCUGCCCGAUGGUUACUUUCUUGACAUCUCUAAGAUCCCUAAGGUCAAAGAACAUGAACACUUUGUAGAGAUCGCUGAUCAAUAUAGAGGUUCGCAUAAAUUCCGUGGUGUUAAAGUGUCAGGACGGAACAAAGAUCGUUACAUUGAGGUCCACCCUGACCUCUCAAUUGUCGAUUUCAACUUCAAUCAGCCAAUUGGAUUUUAG